AAGUGAAUUAAGCUGGAAAAACAUCAAGAAAAUAUAUCAAAAAUAAAUAUAUUUUUUAAUGCACCGACUUAAGGAAAUUCUAAAUUAAACUCGAAACAUGCUUAGCUGGAGUUUACUGUGGCUGCUGCUGGCGCUGGGCAUUGCCUUAGGUUUUGGACUACGCCUGGAGAAUCAAACGCAAGAGCAGGUGAAGCAGUUGAUUGCUUGCAAACAGCCCAAGGCACCGGGUUUAUGUCGGGGAAAGCAACUGCGUUAUGCCUACAACAAGGAUACGGGCAACUGCGAAAGUUUCUACUACACGGGAUGUGCCUCAACGGAUAACAAUUUUCUGACCUACGAGGAAUGCCGACGUGAUUGCAUGCAACGUGGACGCUAUUAACUUAUUUUUAGGCUUAACCUUUUUGUUUCAACUAUUUAUGUUAAUGGGACGAAAGUGAAGAUUGAAUAUAUUGUAAUAUAUUGUAACAUAUGUAAAAAUAUAUAUCUAAAUACAUUGUAA